UUACAGGGUGAGGUUUGGCGCACAACACUAGAACGCAUUUCAUUAUUAACCGUACUGUACAGCACGCAGUGGCCGAUGGGCUGUAUUUAAAAACGGUAACGAAGACGCACAAUUACGCGUUUCUGUUUCUUCGUGUAUAUCUGUAAAAACCGAAUCCGCUGUAGCAUCACUACCCAUUGUGCCCAUUCUGUUUAUACUAGCAGUGUUCAGCGCAGGGGGUUUAAAUGCAAUUUAUGUUCGUUGUGCGUAAAAUAUUGUUUGUGAAUUCUACUUCAUUAUUAAUAAAGCUUUUUUUUAUUCAAAAAGUAAAAAAAAUAAAAAGUUGGAUGCAUCGCGUAAAUCGAUCGGCUGCUUCCCUGUGUGGUGUGUGUUUAAUAAUUAGCGGAAGUAUGGUGAGCUUCAGAAACCGAGAGCGACGCUCAUAGUGCUGCGUGUCUGUAGUUUCAGCUUUGUUAUUCGGUGGGGGAUGCGGCAGUGAAUCCGAUCGGUUCAGCGCCACUGCGGGCAGGCUGCGCGCUGCGGGGAGCUUCGGGACAAAGCGUCUCCAACGCCGAGGAUUGAAAGAGCAGGCACGAACGCGCGCCUGUGCAAUUCCAACUUUUGCGUUUGGUUUCGGAAAGCUGUCCUCGGGAUACGGCCGGGUCGCUUCUGUGGCUGCGGGUCUCGUUUUGCUCAAUGGCUGUUGCUUUGUUCUAGCACGGAUUCUAUCAGGAAUCAACAGGCUGCCUGUAUUGAUUUUCCGAAGAUAAGGCUUGAGCGAUCUCACCGCUUACAGUGGGGGCUGAGACAAGAUGGCAGCUGUCAAUGGGUGGUUUCAGUUUCAUAAGUUCAUAAAAGCGCGAUGCAUGCAGUUGUCGUUUAUACUGUCCAUAAAGGAAAAUGAGAUGCUGUGCGGUGUGAGGAGUCACUGAAGCAGUAUUAAAUAUAACCUGUAUUAAGAGUUUGAGUUCCUGCAUUGUGUAUCGGUACUAAAAAUAUUUAUUUUUGCUUUCUGAGCAACUGAGGCAUUCAUAAGUCAGUCAAGUCAUUUCUGUUAGGCAUUUAAAAAACUUGCAAAAAGUAGUGACAGAUGCAAACUAGUUUCGAAGGUGGAGAUGGCUUCUAUAAAGCAAAGACACCCCAGUACUGUGUUUGCCCUGACCCUGUGUGUGUGUCUUGCAGGAUCCCCAGCAUGGAGCCGGCAGUGGAGACCCUGCAGGGAGCCCCUCCCUUGGACCCCCGAUUGCUGUCUCUGGGGCGCAAGGACGCAGAGAGGGUGCUGGAGCUGUAUGUGAGGCGCAGUCUGAGUCUGAACGAUGGACCAGGACGAGACAGGAAGCCCAGGGGGAGAGGAGGAGACCGCAGGGGUGCAAAGAACGUGAAGGGCGAAGUGCGAAGGUCAAUCAGCGAACUGGACCAUUUGGGGCCUAGCAGUGAGGUUGGCAAGGAGGUAAAGGUCCCGGUUGAACCAAAGCUUUCUGAGAGCCCAACCCGCUCUGUCACUCCCCUGGGGAGCUCGACGGAGAAGCCCAAGAAAGCUUCCAAGAAGGGGAAGAAGUCUGUCCUGAAGGGCCUGUUCAGCUUCUUCUGGAAGAAGAGCAGCGAGGAGAAAGAGGACCAGGAGCCAACCUCGGAGGAGAAGCCAGCCUCGGGAUCCACAGAGAGCCAGGGAGCCCCUGCCGGCUGUCUGCCUGUGACCCGGCAGUUCUCGGAGGACCACUACAGCCCCACCACCCCCCGGCCGGCCAAGCCGCUCAAACGGAAGAGCACCCUGCGGAAGUCCUUCUCCUUCAAGAGCAGAGGCACGGACGCCCCAAAGAAACCCACUUUCCUGGCUCUUCGUGGCAAUGUGCAUAAGCAAGAAGCUCCCGAGACGCAGCCUCAGUACUCGUACUACGAGCAGGUGUCUGUGGAGAUGGAGCGCAUCGUGAAGGCACAGGAGCCGGUCCUGGAAGAGGUGUCACAAUCUGCUGCUCCUCCUGCAGCUGACCUGGACACUGACGGGACGAUAUCUGCUGGUGAUCAGCUUCGGAUUGAUCAGAUUGUCUCUUUGCUGCAGAGGGAAGGAGACAUUAUAGAUGAAAAGCUGAAGGAGAGCACGGAUCUGAACUCCUUCUUCCAGAGCAUGACCUACAGCUCCUUCCAGCAGCUGGCUGACCGCUACGUGGAGACCUCAGAGGUCAGGGGUCAGCAGCCGCAGGUGAGCCCCCCCGAGCUGGUCAAGUUUGCCUUCACGCUGGACAUCACUGCCAAGGUGGCGGGCAUCUGUAACCACACAGUGAACCGCAUCAUGGGCUUCGGGAACAAGUACCUGCAGGACCGCUUCACCCAGUUCAGCAAUGGCCAGCCACUGAACCUCAUUGACUACCCUAUUGAAAGUCCGGACUGAACAAACCCACACAGCGCUACCCAGCCACGGACAACACUUCAUCAACAAGCUCUUGUAAGGUUUCUACAACAACAGAGUGUGUGCUCACCAGGGCAAUGGGAGCAGCCCAGAAAACCCUUCUCUUUUAAUGGAGGGAACUUCACUACUGAACACCAGCCAAGCUUUUAAACCCCUGACAAGGUGGCUGGUUCAUGACUUUUAACCCCCACCAAGAUGGCUGACUCUUGACUUUUUUAAAAGGUGGCUUAAUGGAUCGUUCUGGUUGGCCUCCACUGAAACUACGGAGAGAAAUAAAACAAAAUGUUUCAAUGUUAACUUUUGCGGACGCUUGUGGAUCACAUCUCCGCGUGCCAAGCACGUGUUCUGGGCCUGUGAAACCAGCCUCUCUUCAAGUAUACCACGAGGAAGUCAUGCUUGAGUGAUUUCACAUUGCACAGCGCUGCUUCAGGCUCUGACACAGGUCUCUGUGCAGCCAGGAAUCUGAAAUAAUGCACAUGCACUUUCUUUUCAAGUCUGUGCCCUGAAUUAGGGCUUGGUAAUCUAUGCUUAAAAAAUGAUUUAAACAUUUUUUCAUGUUAAAAGUAGAUUUAGCUUAUUUGUAUAAUAAUAAUAAUGGUGUACAUUUUAAACUAAGAGUUAAAAUUAAGCUGCAGUAAUGUGUUGUAGUUCCACCUCAUUCCACUAGAUGUCGCAGUUUGACUGAUGAUUGAGAAAGGAAGAAAAUAAACUGUUCUAUAUUCUGCUGGCUACAGGCUAUGGAAAUGGAAUAUUGCUUCCCUUUUUAAUGUUGCAGGUUCAGGUAUAAAUUAAAGGGUAAAGCAGGCAUGUCCCUUUCCAGCCCUCCUUGCAGUAUAUACAGGUGUACUGUAGUUGUGUUUGUGACCCCUAGUGGCAGGAAAAGCUAACUGCACAUUGUGUUUAAUGGUCAUAAGAAUUUCUACAUAUGUAAUGAGGGCAUAAGCCUUUAUCAGUGAAUUCUGAUGUUUUUCCAAUGCAUGGAUUCCUGAUGGAUUUCUUGAAAAAGUAUGCGAAUCAAGACUUUAGAAAAGUCGGCUGAACCAUGAAACCUUUUUCCAAAACCAAGAAUACUCACGCCUGCUGUGUCACGCAUGAUGUCAUGUGCACGGGCUGUGUUGACAGUAUUCACACCUGCUGUGUCACACAUGAUGUCACCUGCACAGGCUGUGUUGACAGUCCAGUUUGCCCCAGUGAUGCCGCUGUUGAGAGAGGACAGUUCAAGCCAUGCCCAGCAUCCCUCGGUGUGUCUUCUCAUCCCUCCACCUCCUCAUCUUGAGCACUGCUGGAAAUUAAAGCACAAAAUAACAGACGUCAAGAAAAAAGGGCUGAUUACAAACUGCAAUGAUGUUAAUGCUGAAUGUAUGCAAUCAACUGUGAACUCUUUCAAACAAAUAAUAAUGCAAUGUGAAUUGUGUGUGCUGGCAUACACCAGUCCUGUAACGUGUACAACCUGAUAAUUAAAGUAAAUUAUGA